CAGGUCAGGUCAAAGUAGAGCAACGUAAUGCCAUACCUGAUCAAUGUUAACAACAGACGUGUCCCAGGGAAUACAGAAGUAUGUGGCUGCUCCUCACCAUUGUCCUGUCUUACAGUAUCGUCUGCCUGAAUGGGAAUCAUACCACAACAGGUCAUGAAUAUAGCCUUGACUGUGUAAGUGAUUACCUGUUCACCAUUAACUGUUCCCUGAGCAUCCUGCCAGAGGUUGCUCAUACAGACCAGUCCUCUUACUGGCUGCGUAUUGAGGACCUCUCUUUCGGGACGGUAUUUGAUGGUGGGAAGCUGAAGAAAACCCAUGGCUAUUACUCCUGUUCAUUGGACACUUCCCAUCCAGAUUCUGCUGUUGAUCCAGAUCCUGAUGAGGAGCCCGAUUUUUUUUUUGACACUUCAAGAUUUAAGAUCACUCUCUAUCACAACAGAAGCAAUGGACAUGUAAGCGCCACCUUGCUGGAUAAGGAAUACAUGCCAGUAAAGCAUAUCAAACCCAAUGCACCAUUCAAUCUCACCGUCAGCCGGAUGUCAAGUCAGCACCGUGUUACCUGGAUGAGUAGCUAUGAGAAAUAUCUACAAUUUGGCAAUCUUCUGUCUGACAACCUGAAGUACCAACUCUGGUUCUACAGAAGUGGCCACCAAGGCAACGUUGUCGAAGUUCCACACUCAACUAAUAUCUCAGUGAACAAUGAAAAUUUUGAGCCAGACACAGAGUACACUGUAAACGUGAGGUCCAUCCCCAACCAACAACAGUAUCAAGGCCAGUGGAGUGAAUGGGCAACGGAGGUUCGUUGGAGGACUGAUCCCACACUAAAAGUCGGAGAAUUUCCAACAAACACAUUUACUGCCAUCUUAUGUGUGCUGGUUCCAGUACUGCUAAUUCUGUGCUACAUUCCAAUCGUAAGGUUGAAUAAAUCCACCUUCAUCCCAACUCCAGCACCAUACUUCCAGUCCCUUUACGCUGACUGUGAGGGGGACUUCAGGAGCUGGGUUGUGACCCCAGGCUCUGGGGCAGACUUAUUCAAGACAGAGGAAACCUUGCAAAUCGACACCCUGACUGAGACCAUACCAGUCCGGGAUGAUGACCACUCCUCACUGGUGCCCCAUCACAUGAUCCAGGAGGGCCCCAGCGACAACCUGUCUAACCCAGUGUCUGAUGCGCUUUUCCUGGGCAUUGCUUAUGCUGUAUCUCAGGGGUCACCACUCCCGGCACCCAGAGGCCCACUGAAGAGUGUGUCUCUGAGUGAGCCAGAGAGCACCAUCGAAGCAGACUCGGGGUGUUGGCUGCACAGCACCACAUCUCUGGAGCGGGAGAGUGCCUGGUACAGCAACGUGAACAGCAGCAGUGACUACUGCACCCUAUCAGACACUGGGAAUUGUCAGGAAGUUACCCCUAGAGUCUAUUGACGCACCGGUGCGUCAAUCUAAGCAACAUAAUACAAAAUCCCCAUCCAAAUCAGUCAGUUUAAGUUAGAGAUAUGUUUUUUAUAUGGGCUGCGUCUCAAUCCGCCAGAUCCGCCCAUGUCUCCCUUCCACAUCUGCGGUGGAAAUUGGCAGAGCUACAGCGCUGUUAGUCAGACCAGGAGACAUCCCGAAAAUUGGUGACGAAAACAUUGUCUAAAGGUAACCCACACAAAUGAAUGGAAAUAUGGAGGUAGUUUUGUGCCAACGAAAUUAAGGGGUUAAAUAUGUGUAAAAAAACAACAUAUAUUAUGUAUAAUGAACAAAAAUAUAAAUGCAACAUAUAAAGUGUUGAUCUGAUGUUUCAUGAGCUGAAAUAAAGGAUCCCAGAAAUU